UUAUAAUUACAUGUUUUAUGAUGGUACAUGGCAAAAGCCUGUACAAAAUACUUAUUGGUUAUAUAAUAACACUAUACUAAGGGCAAAUGCAACAAAAGAUGAUAUAAGCAGAUGUUUUGAAUCAGCUAUGAAAGGGUUCAAAGUGUGGAGUGAGCUGUCCACUGAAUCUAGAAUGCAAAUGUUAUCCAAGCUUGCGUUUUUAUUAGAAUACAUUAGUAAACCCGAAUUGUCAAAAAUAGUAUUCAAAUGGAUAAAAUUUCCACACUGGUAUAAGAAGUCACUGCUGCCUCAACAUGGAAGAUCCUUGGUGGUAAUAACCCGUAAACCGAAAGGUAUUAUCACGCUUAUGGAGAAGAAAGAAGCAGAUCUGUUUUGUAAAUUGACACAGAGUUUAAUAAUUGGCAAUUCCGUCGUCGUAAUAUGUAUCGCAAAAUCGUGCAAUAUAGCAGAGUAUUGCAAUCUGUUUUUGUCAUCUGGGAUACCUCCAGGCGUUAUAAAUAUGUUGACGUGCGAGAACGUAAAGCCUUUAAAAGAGUGUUACAACGCGCUCGAGUUAAGCGAAAUUUAUCAUCAAUUUACCGUGAGCAAGCAAGUCGCAACUAUGAUUUAGAAAUUUUACUGAUUCCAUACAGCACAAAUCUCAU